AUGAACCUGCACCACGCUGAAGCCCCUAUGUACCACGCUGAAGUCCCUACCUACCCGCACCCCGCUGAAGUCCCUACGAACCCACACCAUGCUGAAGUCCCUACGUACCAAGCUGAAGUCCCUACGUACCCACACCACGCUGAAGUCCCUACAUACCCGCACCACGCUGAAGUCCCUACAUACCCGCACCACGCUGAAGUCCCUACGUACCAUGCUGAAGUCCCUACGAACCCGCACCACGCUGAAGUCCCUACGUACCAUGCUGAAGUCCCUACAUACCCGCACCACGCUGAAGUCCCUACGUACCAUGCUGAAGUCCCUACGAACCCGCACCACGCUGAAGUCCCUACGCACCAAGCUGAAGUCCCUACGUACCCGCACCACGCUGAAGUCCCUACAAACCCGCACCACGCUGAAGUCCCUACGUACCAUGCUGAAGUCCCUACGUACCCGCACCACGCUGAAGUCCCUACGAACCCGCACCACGCUGAAGUCCCUACGUACCAUGCUGAAGUCCCUACGUACCCGCACCACGCUGAAGUCCCAACGUACCACGCUGAAGUCCCUACGAACCCGCACCACGCUGAAGUCCCAACGUACCACGCUGAAGUCCCUACGUACCACGCUGAAGUCCCUACGUACCCGCACCACGCUGAAGUCCCUACGUACCACGCUGAAGUCCCUAAGUACCCGCACCACGCUGAAGUCCCUACGUACCAUGCUGAAGUCCCUACGUACCCGCACCAUGCUGAAGUCCCUACGAACCCGCACCACGCUGAAGUCCCUACGUACCAUGCUGAAGUCCCUACGUACCCGCACCACGCUGAAGUCCCAACGUACCACGCUGAAGUCCCUACGAACCCGCACCACGCUGAAGUCCCAACGUACCACGCUGAAGUCCCUACGUACCUGCACCACGCAGAAGUCCCUACGUACCAUGCUGAAGUCCCUACGAACCCGCACCAAGCUGAAGUCCCUACGUACCCGCACCACGCUGAAGUCCCUACGUAGCCGCACCACGCUGAAGUCCGUACAUACCCGCACCACGCUGAAGUCCCUACGAACCCGCACCACGCUGAAGUCCCUACGUACCAUGCUGAAGUCCCUACGUACCCAUACCACGCUGAAGUCCCUAUGA